AUGUCCGAUAAAAAACCUAUGUUUGUCUACUUCUCAGCUAAUCAGCAUUACGAUGAACCUGAAGAAAAAGAGCCUGAGUAUCAAGCUCCAAGCCCAAAGAGUGAAAAAAGCAGUUUCCCCACAAAAACGGUUCUUUUGUCGUCACUUGGCAGCUUAGCGUUCUACAUUUCAGCCCACAAGGCUUACCAAUAUUUUACUUAUAAAUAA